GCCAGCCAAAGCUGGUUUGUUUUUAAAGGUCGGGCGCUGAUUGGCCGACUGUGUAAGAAACAGUCGGUUUAAAUCGGGGGGCGGGAGCAUGUUCCGUUUGAAUCCAACAGACAGUAGCGAUACUCUGACCGACAAACCCCGACCGACAACCGAACCGGACGGUAACGCACAUGGCCUCCCAGAACAUGGACCCCGCAGCGGCUGCAGCUUCCAGCGCCGCCGCUCUGAAAGGCAGCGAGAGCGGCGGCAGCGCGGCCAGAGGCUCUGUGUCCAAACGGCUGCAGCAGGAGCUGAUGACGCUCAUGAUGUCAGGUGAUAAGGGGAUCUCGGCGUUCCCAGAGUCAGAUAAUCUGUUUAAGUGGGUUGGAACCAUCGAUGGCGCUCAGGGGACGGUGUACGAGGGCCUCAGGUACCGCCUCUCUCUGGAGUUUCCUGCCGGUUACCCGUACCAGGCCCCACGCGUAAAGUUUGUCACGCCAUGUUUCCACCCCAAUGUAGACGAGCACGGCUUCAUCUGCCUCGACAUCCUGAAGGACAAAUGGUCGGCACUCUACGACGUUCGCUCCAUCCUGCUGUCCAUCCAGAGCCUCCUGGGAGAGCCUAACAACGACAGUCCUCUUAACGCUGUGGCGGCCGAACUGUGGGACAACCAGGAAGCCUUCAGAACUCAUCUACACUCAACCUUCCAGAAGUGAAUCUCCGCCGCCUCAUGUUCGUCUGUCUUCUGUGUUUGUAUCAUAUUUUUAUGUUUGUCAAUAAAGUUCUUAAUUCAA